GGAGCGCGAGCGGCGGCCACUCCCCGGGCCUCGCCGCCCCUCCGAGCGGCUCCCGGCGGGCGCCCCGGCGAGACACGCCGCGGCGGGGCGGGCUCCCCCGCUGGGAUCAUCGGGCAGGUUUCGGCGGCCGCUGGAUGGGAGCCCUUCUCCGCCGGGCACGGCCGCUCUCCGCCCCCCACCGGCUGCGGGAAGGAGGACGGCAAAGCAUGCCACCGGCGGGACGGUUCCGCAGGGACUGACAUGCUGUUGAAGGAGGAAAGGCGCCAGCCCCUCCGCCUCUCCCCGCGGUAGCGAAGGUGAUGCUGCAGGGCGCUCCCCGGGGUCUCCCGCAGGUGCCAGGCUAUUACCCACAGCAGCCGCGAUCGCUGCCGUGACCAGCGCGGCCCCGGGCGAGCCGAGGCGACGAGCGGCGCGGGCCUGCACCCCUCUUCGGGGCGGCAGCGGGGGAAGGCGCUGACUGCGCCCGCGGGGCCCUGCGCGGCGGGCGGCUCCGCGCGGCGGAUGCGUUUGCAUGAGCUCUGCACCGAGCUGGCGCAGGAAGCGCCUCUGCUCCGCCGCCUCAAUUUUCCAGGUCAGCAAGACCUCGCCGCACGACCGCGACGGUGAACGCCGGAGCAGCGGCUCCGACAGCGCCUACCAGACCCAGAGCGCCCUGGAUGACUGCAAGAUGCUUGUCCAGGAGUUCAAUACCCAGGUGGCUCUAUACCGGGAGCUGGUCAUUUCCAUUGGGGAUGUCUCAGUCACCUGUCCAUCUCUGCAUGCGGAAACGCACAAAACUCGAACCCGAGGAUGUGAGAUGGCCUAUCAGGUUCCUCAAAAACUAGCAGCAGUUUCUGGGUAGGAGUCUACUUACAUUUAAUUAAAGCUUUACUCAUAUGCACAUCUUUAAUAAAUACUACA